UUGCGUGGUGGUGCAGAAUGCAGAGCGGCGAGAGCGCAUUAUAUGGCAAAGCACAGUGUACUCGGUUUCACGAAGGACGUAGUUAUUGUAGAGGGUUCAAACUUCUGUCUUGAUUAUCUGUAUACAUCAAUUGUAGCCAUUACAACAUGUUUAUCUUUGGAUAUGGUUCAUUAAUGUGGAAAGCAGACUUUCCCUACGUGCAAAAAAUUCCGGGCUUUGUUACAGGCUAUGUAAGAAGGUUUUGGCAGGCAAGUGAGGAUCACAGAGGAGUUCCCGGCAGGCCUGGUCGUGUGGUCACUUUGAUCUCGACGCAGAACCCAAAAGAUGUGAUCUGGGGUGUGACAUACGAGAUAGACAAAGAGGACGAAGAAAAUGUUGUCUCGCAUCUGGAUUUUCGUGAGAAGGAUGGCUAUACCAAAAACACAGCACUAUUUUAUCCUGUAGCAAUUGAGACAACACAAGAAAUAACCAAACUCAAUCCAUUUGAAGUAGUGCUGUACAUAGCAACAGAAGAUAAUAAAUUUUUCAUGAGAGAUGAAACUUUUGAGGAAACAGCUGCAUGCAUUGCAAGUGCUCAUGGACCGAGUGGCAGUAAUGCAGAAUAUUUAUUCAACCUCGCAGCAGAAAUGAGAUGCAUUGCACCUCAUUAUGAUGAUACCCAUCUCUUUGCUUUAGAAAAUGCUGUACGAAAAAUACAAAGCAACAAAGAGUCUACUGCCAAAGCAUGAGCAGAAUCUGAAGUUAAGAUACUCUGGGCCUGUAUACAACUUUGAUGUAUGCCCUGGUUUGACUUUCUAUAGUUCCUCUAUGCCACCUUCCUCCUCCCUCCUGACCUUCCCCUCCCCCCCCCCCUCCCCAGAAUAUUUCUUUACUUUUAUCAUCCAUUGGAGAAAGGUAAAAUCAUAGAGAUGCAUCUACAGCUCCUUUUACAUGAUCAACUUUCGUUUGUCAGUUGACUUCUCACCGAGCGAGGUGGCGCCGUGGUUAGCACACUGGACUCCCAUUCGGGAGGACGACGGUUCAAUCCCGUCUCCGGCCAUCCUGAUUUAGGUUUUCCGUGAUUUCCCUAAAUCGUUUCAGGCAAAUGCCAAGAUGGUCCCUUUGAAAGGGCACGGCCGAUUUCCUUCCACAUCCCUCCGUAACCCGAGCUUGCGCUCCGUCUCUAAUGACCUCGUUGUCGACAGGACGUUAAACACUAAUCACCACCACAAUUAACUUCUCAAGACAAAUUUGCCUACUGCAGCGAUCCUGGUGUUUUAUUCCUUUACAGAAUCUCAUCGGUUUGAAGUGCUCAUUUUCAUUUACACGUCAGCGAAAAAAUUUCAAGUGAUGCAAGAGCUGUCUGGCGUGCAGUUUGGCAUCUGAUCUGUGAAAAUGAGGUUAUGAGGGACUAUCCUUUUUAUGAAAAAUAUGGUACAUAAUGUAGGAACAAGAAAGGAUAAUGCUUUUGUAUGUCCAUCCUUUUAGCAGGACGUCUCUGGAAAGAUGGCCGUUUACUAUCGUGACAAAAAAUAAAAACACCUACAGCUGUCCUUGUGAUUUUAUUUUGUCGCUACCAGUUUCGACGCUUCAUUGCAUCACCUUAAGGCUGUUUUGAAGCAGUACGACCUGUACCGCAUCAAAACAGGCUGAAGAUGAUGCAAUGAAGCAUCGAAACUGGUAGUGACAAAAUAAAAUAAAAUCAUAAGGAUGGGUGUAGGUGUUUUUUUUUUUUUUUUUUUUUUUUGUCAAGAAAGGAUAAUAGUUUAUUCAUGACAAAAGGAUUCAUAGUGGUCAUUCUAGUCAAAGGUCACGUGGUAAAUUCUUCACACUUCUGAGAACUGAAAGAAUACGAAAAGUGUCGUCCAAACUUUUCGAACAUGUAAAAUUAUUUGUUCAAUCAUAUAUAUAUAUACUUGCGAAUAUGUGAAAAAUCUAGAAUGCAGUAAAUAGCACCUUUUUGCUUCGUACUCUGUAUCUUGUUUUCCUUGCUAAGUGCCAAAAGCAUUGAAAAUUACUUUUCUCGACAAAUAAUUCCUACUUUUUCAUAGUUCAAAUAAUUUUCAUUAAAACACAUUUAUCUGUUUCCAUUCUUAUUUCUGCAUGGUGUAGUAGAACAUAAGUGCCUUUGUGGUUUCAGUAUUUUUUCUAUCUUGUAAGACAACAUUAGUAGGGAAUAAUAUCAGGACCUUGUGUAACUUUUCAGUGUGUUAAGAAAUCAUAAAAUCUAUUUCUAUAAAAGAGUGAGCUCAACCAGCCUAGGGCAUGUUUCUAAUUUGAGACUCCACUGAAUUCCCUUGUUUCUGUGCAUGCACAGUCUGCAGCAUACUCGGAAAUUUAGAACUCCACAAAAGUUGCUCAUGUACAAAGAGUCUAAUACUGAAUUAGUAACACAGCAGAGGAAGACAAAGUUCUGGAAGGGGCUAACAGUCAGUAUUAAUGCAGCUUUUAAAAAGAAAUUGCUCGUGUGUGUGUGUGUGUGUGUGUGUGUGUGUGUGUGUGUGUGUGUGUGUGUGUAUUUUGUAUCCUGACAUAAUUGGCUUUGUUGAUUUUCUUUCAUUGUGUGACAAUGAAAUAUGAUUGGUUACAAACUACUUACAAUUGGAAACCUAUUUUUAAAAAAAUGACAUAUACAUGAGUCUUCUAGUCCUGAUCAUAUUUUGGUAUGAUGCUGCUACAUGUGUGUCAAAAAUUUCAGCAUUACUCGGAAGACCAGAAUUACAUUCUUUGAUGUACACUGCUUAUUUCUUAAAUAAAUAAAUCCUUGUUUCCUAGUCACACUUAUGAAGUGGUUAUAUGAGCACACUGAUAUACAGUAUUUUCUAGAAAACCAACUGUUCCAGCUUGGAUUCUCUUCAGUGAGCUCUGAGCUUUGAGUGGUAUACAUGUCCUGACAUGAAUUCUUGCAACAAGAACAAUGUAUACCAUCCUGAAAAGCAUCUGUAUGAUCUGGACCACACAGUAUCAUUCUUGUUGUGAUAUGUAACAGGUUAAUGGACACUUCACAAACCAUAUUGAAAGUUUUUUUAUGAAAACUUUCAGCCUUAAGUUACCUAACAUAUUUCUGUACUACUUUUGAUUGAUGUAUUCCUAGCUGUGAUAUUGUAUUGUGUAGUUGUAUUACAAAGUGUCUUAUUUAAAAGCAAUUCCACUGAUGUGAAGUACCUUUAGUUUGUGUGUUCACAAAUGAGUAGUAUUGAAGAAAGUAGUUUGUCAUAGUACAGAAGUCAGUAGUUCAUAUUUUUCUUGAACAACAUUCCACUGUCUUCAACUGAGUAAAGUGGUAAAUUGAAUAUGCUUGUACAAAUUAGAGUAUUUUAAUUGAAAUGAAAUGCCAUUUAAUAAAUUUGUUUUGAUAUAAAUGUACUUUACUUUUGAAAUAAAUUACUUUUAAUGAUA